GGGCAGGCGGGCCCCACCGACCCUGCGGGGUAGCCCCGCCCCCCGGCCUUGCGGAGGCCCCACCGUGGGGGGCGGAGUUGCCUCCCUCCGCUUCCCCCGGGACUGUGGCCCCUUCUUAAGCCCGCGGAGCCUCUGGCUGCCCCUCACAAGCCUCUCCCGUCCAUCUCCCUUCAGCACGAUGGCUUCGGCACUGAGCUAUGUCUUCAAGUUCAAGUCCUUCGUGAUCUUGUUCCUCACCCCAAUACUGCUGCUGCCACUCAUCAUUCUGAUACCCGCCAAGUUUGUCAGGUGUGCCUACGUCAUCAUCCUCAUGGCCAUUUACUGGUGCACAGAAGUCAUCCCUCUGGCAGUAACCGCCCUCAUGCCUGUCCUGCUUUUCCCACUCUUCAAGAUUCUGGACUCCAAGCAGGUGUGUAUGCAGUACAUGAAGGACACUAAUAUGCUGUUCCUGGGUGGCCUCGUCAUGGCUGUGGCUGUGGAGCGCUGGAACCUGCACAAGAGGAUCGCCCUACGCACUCUCCUCUGGGUGGGGACCAAGCCCGCACAGCUGAUGCUGGGCUUCAUGGUCAUCACAGCCUUUCUCUCCAUGUGGAUCAGCAACACGGCCACCACAGCCAUGAUGGUGCCCAUCGUGGAGGCCGUGCUGCAGCAGAUGGAAGCCACAGGCGCCACUGCCGAGGCCAACCUGGGCUCCCUGGAGCUGGUGGACAAGGGCAAGACCUGCGAGCUGCCAGGGAGCCAAGCGCGGUCUGAAGGCCCUGUGAUGGGGCCACAGGAGAACCGUGGCAAGAAGAGCAUAUGCAAGGCCAUGAACCUGUGUGUGUGCUACGCGGCCAGCAUCGGAGGCACUGCCACCCUGACUGGGACAGGACCCAACGUGGUGCUCCUGGGCCAGAUGCAUGAGUUGUUUCCUGGCAGCAAAGACACUGUGAACUUUGCCUCUUGGUUUGGAUUUGCCUUCCCCAACAUGCUGAUCAUGCUGGUGCUCACCUGGUUGUGGCUUCAGUAUUUCUAUAUGGGAUUCAAUUUUAAGUCCUGGGGCUGUGGACUGGAGAGAAGGAAUAAGGAAAAGGCUGCCCACGAGGUGCUGAGUGAGGAGUACAGGAACCUGGGGCCCAUCUCCUUCGCCGAGGUCAAUGUCCUGUUCUGCUUCUUCCUGCUGAUCGGCCUGUGGUUCUCCCGGGACCCCGGCUUCAUGCCUGGCUGGCUAUCAGUUGCCUGGACGGAGGGCGAGACAAAGUACGCCUCCGACACCACGGUGGCCAUCUUGGUGGCCAUGUUGCUCUUCAUUCUGCCUUCGCAGAAGCCUAAGUUCAACUUCUGCAGUCAGACUGAGGAGGAAAGGAAAGCUCAGUUUUAUCCCCCUGCACUGCUGGAUUGGAAGGUGACCCAGGAGAAAGUUCCCUGGGGCAUCGUGCUGCUGCUGGGGGGCGGAUUUGCUCUGGCUAAAGGAUGUGAGGUCUCAGGGCUGUCCGAGUGGAUGGGGAAGCAGAUGGAGCCCUUGCACGCCGUGCCCCCAGCAGCCAUCACCUUGAUCUUGUCCUCGGUCAUUGCUGUAUGCACUGAGUGCACAAGCAACGUGGCCACCACCACCCUGUUCCUGCCCAUCUUUGCCUCCAUGUCACGCAUCAUUGGCCUCAACCCGCUGUACGUCAUGCUCCCCUGCACCCUGAGUUCGUCCUUUGCCUUCAUGCUGCCCGUGGCCACGCCGCCUAAUGCCAUCGUGUUUGCCUACGGACACCUCAAUGUUUCUGACAUGGUGAAAACAGGACUAAUGAUGAACAUAAUUGGAGUCUUCUCUGUAUUUCUGGCGGUGAACACUUGGGGACGGGUCAUAUUUGACCUGGAUCAUUUCCCUGACUGGGCUAAUGUGACACAUAUCAAGACUUAGGAAGAGCCACGAGACCAUAACACAGGCCCUGCCAUCCUGAGGACUCCCGAACCUUCCAGCAUGCCUUCCAGCUGAACUUUGGGUUUCACACCCCAAAGACCCUGUGAUGCCCACACCCCACAGGGUCAUAGCCAGGGUGGGGUGGCUGGAGGGCAGGUUCAGACGUGAAGGGAGCCUCCCAAGAGGCAGCCGGCACCCGUCUUUCCUGGGGGCCUGCUGUCAUCUCUGGGACAGGCAGGCUGCACAGGGACUAGGACGCCGGCUCCUGCCCCAGCUCAGCCUCGUGCUGGCCUCACGCUGGGCUCUGAUGUCCACUUGCUUGGUCCCAGGAUCCUCUAAAUGGGAAUCAGAUCCCAGCUUGGGAAGUGAAAACACUACCUUCCAGAGUCCAUGCCUCUUGCUGCUGACUUUGGGCUGCCUCAGGUCACUCCUGUCACUUGGAAGGGACAACCCAGCCCAGGGACAGAAUGUCUGGUCCUGGGAAGCUUCCUGCUGCUGGAGUGAGAGUGGGAAGCAGAGCCUCCUGGAACCACAAGUGUAGUGCCACCAGCAAAGGACGAGGAAUUUGAGUUGACUUCCAGACGACGUCACCCACGGUACGCCAUUGGCGAACCAGCUCCCCUCCGUUCCUCACUCCAUCUUACCUGACAAAUGGACCCCUUCCCCACCUUCCCACUGCACCGCCUUCAACUCCUGCACCUCUUGCUUUCUGGGCCCACAUUCACUGGGCUGGGGCCCUCCUGCACCCCCUUUUCUUCCAGGCAGGUCAGCUUGGCUCUUCUGGGAGAUGCUCUUCCUGCCACCCACACAGCUGGGAUCACACUCCAAGUAUGGGCAAUGAUGGCACUUUUGGGGUCACAGUCAGUGUCUAGGUCCUCCCUCGCAUGCAGGCCCAGAGUGGAUGCAGCUGUUAAUUGCCAAGAGCAGGUUCCCUUCAGAGUUGGUCUGUCCUGCCAGGGUCUGAGCACCCCCGGGGGGAGCCUUGACUUUGCUGACUGGCCUUUGCGGCCAUGCCUGGUGGUGACAGAGCAUCAUGGAGAAUGAGCACUACUUGGUAGUCCCUGAGCAGAUGGCCCCUGCCCAUGAGUGGAUCUACCGGAGGUUGCUGGAGCAAAGACCCCGAAUGGCUGUGGGAACCCUCAGAACCCCUGUGAUGGAAUGUGAGUGACACCCACCCUCUUUCCCAGUAACCCCAUUUUCUUUCCUCCUGCCACUGCUCUGGAAGGGAGGCAGGGGCAGACACACGAGGUCCAACAAUGGCCCUUUUCAGGGCAGGAGAAAGUAUGGGAACCCAAGGAAACCCCCUCAGGGACCGAGUGUGUACCUGGUUCCUUGGGUGGGAAAGUUCUUGACCACCCCAUCUGCCCCCCAGGGGAAGGUGCGCUGUGCUGUCUCUGGUGCUUUGCUGUGUGUGGACGGUGGGGCAGGCAGAUGCAUGGACAGCCGCUGCCCACCUCCUGUAUGCCAGGCCUCCCUGUGGCUGGUGCAUCCACCACUUUGCUUGUUUGACAUUCGCAGCAGCCCUGUGGCACAGGCAGGUAUUAUUAUCUGUGUUUGUCUUCCAAGAAUGCUGGGCUCAGAGAAACAAGCAAGCCAUGUGUCCCAUCACACAUCGAGGUAGUGGCACUUGGAUCUUCAGCCUCCAUGUCCACUGCUCCUUCCUCUAGUCAUUGAGGGUCUUGGCCUUACAAGGCCUGCAGGGAAAAGUGGGCAGCCAAGAGCAAGUCCACCCCAAGGCCCUGCCUGCUCAGGGAAGAUCAUGGAACAAGAGCCCUUUCUGCCACCACCUCUUGAGACAGGCUCAGGACAGUGUUGGGACAGACAGGGCUGAGCAUUGCCUGAAGAAGCAAAGCAUUUGGAGAGAGAAGCAUGGAAGUGGCUACCUGCUCCCGCACUGGGCUGAAACUGAUCCACCGCCUAGUAUUGCUCUCUGUGCCACUGCUGUGGGCUUAUCUGCCAGCCAGUCUGUGGGCUCCUGGAGGACUUACCCUGCCCACUGGGUCCAGUGCCAGCACCGUGACAGACUCCGAGCAGGCCACCAUAAGUGUGAUUGGUAAAUAAACAAGUGAUCAGAGUGGUCAGUGAGAUGCAUGCCUUAUGGUAGUGGGCAAGGUCCGUGAAGGCCAUCCAAGGUGGGCACUGAAAGAUGAGUAGGACUGGCCAGGCUGAUGAGGGGGGGUGUGGUGAGGUGGGUGGAGGACUCUACCAGAUUCCACCUGCCUGAGGGUUGACAAGAAAGCUGGGUGGGGGCCUGAGGAAGCUGAUCAAAGGUUAUUUCUAUUCAGCGUCUCUUGAAGUUGGCUGGAGUUGCUAACAGUUUUGGCCAGUGCCAAUCAGGAUUGCUUUGGGCUACGAGCAAGAGAAAAAAACCCCAGCUGAUAGUAGCUUAUACCCUAAGGACGCUUAAUGUCUGCUUAACAAGAAGUCUGGAGGUAGAGAGGUGCUGAUAAUGGUCCAGCAGCUCGCCUGGGCCACUGAGGACUUGGGCUCCACCAUCCUAAGGGCAUCCUGCCUUUCUUAACUCCACGCCUGACCCUUGUGCUACAAACACAUCUGUAUUGAAGGCGGGAAGAAAGAGAUGUGGGGUGAGGGCCUGACAGUGCCUGUUUCAUCUUUCCUUUUUCUUAGGAAAGCAAAAACUUUCUCAGAAGCCCUUACUGACUUCCCUUUAUGUCUUAUUAGCCAGUACGAGGUCAUAUGGUCAUCCUUAGGCCAAUCAUUGACAGUGGAUACUUGGAAUAUCAUGAGACCAAUUAGAACCCAUCUCUUGGGCUUGGGGAGCUGGCCUAUGCUUCCUGUAAUGGUGAAGUUUCCAUCCACCACAAAAUCUGGGUUCUGGCAGGAAAAAAGUGGGGAGAUCUUGGGUAGGUGAUGAGCAGGAUCUGGCGUUAUGACCCUUUCAGAGGGCUGCCCUCACUGCAGCCUGCUUGAGUGGCUGCCAUGGAAUUCAGUAGAAACAUAUUCCUAGGUGGUAAGAAUGGUAAGAGAGUACGUAGUGGUCUGGUCAAGGGCUUCGGCUCUGCUUAUAGUUCCCAAAGGCCAGGACUCCAGGAGACCCACUGGACGGGGAGGCUAGAGUGCAAGUCCUGACUGAGCUCAGCCCUGACACCUGACACAAGUCAGUCCACUCUCUGGGCCUCAGUUUCUCCCAGGGAGAGGCCGGACUAGAGGAUCUGCAAGGGCCUGUCUCCCCCUACCCCAUCUGAUCCUUCAUCUGCUCAGGCCAAAUGCAGUCCUGCCCCUAGUCCCCACACUGCCUCAGACCCCACACUUGCACACAGCUGGCUCCCUGUGCCCAUCUGGGUCUUAACCAUUUGCUGAAAGCCCUUUCAGACCUUCUCCUCAUCCAUAUUUUGCCUCUUACAUUUCGUGAAGGGGUUCUACCCAAGACCCUUCAGUUCUCUCUAAGGCAUCUGGAUCAGACUUUUGGACUUCUCUCAACCGUUUUGCCAGGAGUUUACAAGGAUUCUAUGCAUUCCAAAGGUCAGGACCCUGGGUUCCUUACCCUCUGAUACCACAGUUGGGCUCCCUUCCUGUCCCUCAGAGCAGAGAACUCCCUUUGGGAAAGAGCUGGGCCGCCUCCUCUGGCAGGACCACUGAGCAGGGCAUCUUCUGGGACGAGUGAAGUUCUCUCUCCUCCCUCGAACACUAACAAGGAGAAUGGACAGUGAGGCCUUUGAUCUGGGUGCCGAGCAGGGAAUCGUGACAGUAGCACAGAAUGCAGCUCUCAGAAUCAGUACAGACAUUCUUGGGUAAGGUCCUCGAUGGCAUAUUCUUGUUUGUGGAAAAAAGACCAAAAGCUGAUUGAUUAAAAACUAUACCUAUUCUUAGCUCAGUCAGUCCUAUUCUUAGCUCAGGACUCUCCUCCAGGACUCUCUCCCCCUAGUCCCAUAGCCUCUUACAAACUUUGUCUCCCAACCCACCAAAGAAGCUUCUUUUCAUAUUAAAAAAAAUGCAUCAAGAUGAAUCUUAAAUAGGGUGCGUUUUUACAUUCCUUAACAGAAAGCUAUCACUUCAGGCUGAAAGCCAGGCCAUCCGAUAGUCAGUUUAUUCCCUCCAGUGUCCUGAGCCAGGGCUUCCAUUCCCACUUCCCCGCCCAAGGAAUGUCUUCCAGCGCUUCCUGGAUCUGCUUGUCCGCACGCCCACCCCAGCCUUGGAGACACAGCUGUCCGCCGCCAGCCGCAGGCAGUCCCAGGGCAGCAUCCACGUACCUGCUUCCAGCCACCAAGGGUAGAGCGAUACUAAAAUUCAGGCUCAAUUUAGAAACUUCAACUCAGUUUUAUAUUUAAAAACAUAUGAACACAGAAGAAAUUUCAACAGUACGAAAAGUGCUAAGACAUGCCCCGCCCAAUGCAGAGACCUCCAUCCCUCUCCAGAAAUACACUGUGAGCAGCGAGCAGCUCCUCACACGUUCCCCUGGAGAUGAAGCGUACGCACGAGCUUACGUCAUAGAUGCAGGUCCUCUGUGUGCCAUCUGGGCGCACACCAGCACGUUUUCCUCCCUUGUUGCCACCCCCCAACUCCGUUGCCCUCCCCGCAACCCUGGUAAAUUUAUUUAGAGAUCAUUCCAUUUCAGGACAUAUUAAGUUUGACUAGGCUGUUUUCUUUUUAAUUCAAUAAUUUUUGAUUCUACAUUGAGGCAAAAUUAAAUUCAGUGAAUCGCACCGAUCUAAGUGUUCAGUUGGGUGACGCAGACACGUUGUGCCAGCAACACCCACUUCCGUCUCCUUGCACACGGAAGUUCUCCUGCUCCUUCCGGUAAUCCGUGCCCUCCCAGGACCAGCGCCGCUCUGCCUUGUUUCGAGGUGUUUGCUUUUCCUGUAAAUGAUGUGAAAAGGGAACCCUAUUAUACAUACUCUUUUGUGUCUGAUUUAUUUUUUUAGCAUUGUGCUUUUGGAAUUCAUUCUUAUUGUGUGUACCCAUUCAUUCCUUUUGUAUUGUUUCCAAGGAGUGUUCCAUUGUACGAAUAUGCCGCAAUUUGUUUAUUCUCCUUUGAUGGACGUUUGGGUUGUUCCACUUUGGGGCUAUUAUGAAUAAAGCUGUUAUUAAAUCCUCUGAAUAAA